ACAAAAAUGAAUGUUGGAAACUAUCUUUACUUGUAAUUGGGGGGAAAUUAAAAUACUAUUAAGUGGGAGAAAAAAGAGUUGGAUUACCCUAAGUGAUCUCUGAGGUUCAUUCCAACACUAAAUCUAGGAAGCUCCUGUAAUGUUCUAGGAGGAAUGAGGGUUGGAAAAGGUGUAAAAAGGACUCCAGACCAGGCUUUUGAGAAAAUUCUGACAGGCACUGGGUUGAGUCAAGGUCAGCCACAAGCAAUUAGACUGAGGCAAGGAUUCCUUCAGUAUAUCCCACCAGACCUCAUAUCUAGACUUUUUUUUUUCAUGUCUGCCAAGUAUUCUCAGAAGUCCCUACUCUCUAGAGAGCAAGGGGCAACGUAGUGGUGUCUCUUCUCUUCACUCAGAAGGGAAUUUGGAUGGAAAAAUAAUGAAGGGGGUGGGGCAGGACAAAGAAUUAUUUUGGAGAGAGCCAAUACUUUACAUUCUAAAUGCUUAAUGAAUACCAAGGAAGACAUAAACUAUGCAGGUCCAUGCUAAUGAUUGGGAACCCACUUUACCUGGCACUUCUGUUGAGCAUUUGCAAGACAGUAGGUACUCCAAGCCCCAUCUCCCCUCCUUUCCCAAUCCUGUUUUCCUUUGUCAAACACUAGUCUCUCUGUUCCUCUAUGACUGAUGACAGGUUGUAAGUCUUCUGCUUUAGGACCAGUUUAGCCAACUUCAGAGGCUCCUCACCCACUAGAUAGGAUGCAGGGUGAUGAUGACCUUUUUGGCCACAGUAACUCUCCAACACCAUCUACUAAGGCAUAGUGAGGUUACAAUCUAAGUUUUACCCCACAGCUGGAAAUCAGGGAUCCCUGAAGUCCCUUAGGGAACUCCUCAGGAAACAGCCACCUUAUCUCAUCUAAGCCUUGAGCUCAGUUCUCUAGGUCAGCCUGCCCAGCAACCUUCCCUCCUCACCCAGAUUUGUCCAUAGUAGGCUGCCUAUCAGAGAUCAGCCCCCUUUGGAAAGUUCAGUGGAACAGGACACGGGGAGUCAGUUCAUUUACCUACUGUCCAGAGCUGCACAUCCCUUUGGGAUGCUAGGCCUGGCUCCGAUUCUUAACUCCUGUGCUCAGGGCUGGCUGCUUCCUAUAGAAACCUCCCAGCCUGGCAUAACUAAACCGAUUCUCCUCAUCAUCUUAGGACAGGAGACACGCUUCCUCCCAUCGUUCCUUUUUUUCAUGUAUUUAUUUCCUAAAUUUGUGGCUAGAAAUUCUGGGGAAGCCCCCUUACUGCCCUCUGCUUGGAGAGUAGUCAAAUGACUCCUGCCUCAGCAUCGUUCUCUGGGGUCUCAACUCCUGAGAGUUGAAUCCUGGAGGAUUCCAAUUCUCCCCACCCCACACCCUUCAGACCCGUGUCACCGAUCUCUCUCUCUGACUCUAUUGAACUCCCUUAGCCGAUCCUCCUCUCCCCCACCCAUGUCUCUAGCUGGUAAUCAGCUUCUUCCCAGGGUCUCAAGCUCUUACCAGAGGCAAACGGGUUGGUUCCCAAUGUGGGGGAACUAGCGAGGACAGGCUCAGGCCUGGGAAGGGAGAGCGGGGAAGGGGUUUCUCGUCCGACAGACCCCGCAACCACUACCUGCCUUCCCAGGCUCCAGAAGCCGAAAAUACCCAGUCUACACUUGACCCUCACGUGGUUCCGCGUGCUCAAGCCCAGAGUCUCGGGGGAUGCAACAAGACACCCUCUCAUCCCGGAAGAAACAAGGAGGAGCUCGGGGUUCCCUCGCCUUGACUCAGCCCACAGUUUCUGUAAAGAGCCCUUUACGCACUCCCGUGACUCAGUUUCCCCAUUUGCUCAUGAAGGACAACAGCAUGAGGCAUCUGCGCGGAAUGCGGAGGGACACUCCGAAGUCAUCGCAGUGCCGGAGCUGGAUCAAAGGUGUCAGAACCAAAGGCCAUUCCGUGGAGUAGCCUCCGACCGGUCACGUCCGGGCAGGGGGUGGUAAUAGGAAACGGGUAAGGAGGGCGUGACCUCCAAAACGAUGGGCAGAGGACCGCUGCUGCCCCCCAGGGAUCCUUUGGCACCGGUUGCCCUUGUCUUUGACCAGCCUGAUGCCAGCCCCAGAGGGCGAAGGGGACCCACAAGGGGCCGACCGGCUCCAGGGUCCCCGUUCAAGUCCAUCUGCCUGUCCACUACCAACCCGCGCGCCGCCGAAUGACCCUCGGGGACUGCGGGGGCGGGUGGUGUCUGGACAGGCCUCUGCAGAGACUGCCUAGAGCCGCAGCCGCCUACUCCUCCUCCUCCUCCUCGCCAGCUGGACGCUGACAGUGCCCCAGCCUGGCCCCGGCCCCAUCUAGCCUGCAUGCCGUUUGAAUGAAGCCCGCUGCCUUGUGUCCGCUGGUCCAUGCAGCUGCCCUGUGCCGUUUGCCUGUGCCGGGCGCCCGCUGCCUGAUGCAAUCCUCCGGGCCCUUUGCUGCAUGCCUGGGCUGGGGGAAACCUCCCCAGCCGUUGCAUCAUUCCUGCCAAGUUUUGACAGAGGUUUAGUCCGGCCAAUCAGUGAGCAUUCACGGACCUUGACCGACUACCGAUCCAGCCAAUAAGAAUGCGGCGCGGCAAAGAGGAACAGGGAAAGCCAACGAUGAUUGGUCCAUUCUGGCUUUUCCCCGCCCUAAGAGGGCCGGCCUCCUGGGUUACGUGGGCGGGGCUGGCCGAACGUAGGGUUUAAAGGGCCGGGGCUCUAGAGGGACAGCUCAGCUGUAGCAGAUGUCGCCCCGAGUCUCCAUCCCAAUCGCGAUCAGAAUCCCGACCCCGGGUCCUGUCCUGAUCCCUGGUCCGCACUCCUAGGUCCCAGUCCCAGGCGUAGUCCGGACCUUAUUCGUACCCCGGACAUCAUGAAGGAGGAACCGCCGACCCAGAGAACCCCACCCGCCUCGCCCACCCCGUCCUUGUCCUUGCAGCCCCCCAGGGAGGACAGCGACCCCCCAGCACUCUGGAUUUUCGGCUACGGUUCCUUAGUAUGGAGACCAGACUUCGCCUACAGCAACAGCCGUGUGGGCUUCGUCCGAGGGUACAGCCGUCGUUUCUGGCAAGGGGACACCUUCCAUCGGGGCAGCGACAAGAUGCCUGGUCGAGUGGUGACCCUUCUUGAGGACCAUGAGGGCUGCACUUGGGGUGUGGCAUAUGAGGUGCGUGGGGAGCAGAUCAGUGAAGCACUUAAGUAUCUGGAUGUUCGGGAAGCUGUGUUAGGGGGCUAUGACACCAAGGUAGUGACCUUCUACCCCCAAGAUGCCCCAGACCAACCUCUACGAGCCCUGGCCUAUGUGGCCACUCCACAGAACCCCGGCUACCUGGGGCCGGCUCCGGAAGAAGACAUUGCUACGCAGAUCCUGGCCUGCAGCGGCCGUUCCGGUCACAACCUGGAGUACCUGCUUCGCCUAGCAGAUUUCAUUCGACUAUGUGGGCCUCAGGCCCAGGAUGAACACUUGGCAGCUAUUGUGGAUGCUGUGGGUGCCCUCCUGCCCUGCUUCUGUCCCUCUGGCCAGACCUUGGCCAUGGCCUGAGCUUGGGGGACACAGAGCUCCUUUACCCACCAUGAUGGGGUAUGGACUGACCCUGACUGUGGGGAAUAACUCCUGUUCUUUUUCUCUCCUCCCACCUUCCCUCUAUGGUGGAUCUUUGGGGAGGUUGUUACCUGAGUAGGACUUUGGUGGAGGUGCUAUUGGUAGUCUCUUUCCCUUUUCAGGUCCCCUUACUGCUGUAUAGAACUCCCUUUCUUAUCUCCUCAUGCACCUCCUCCUAGACAAUCUCCCCCUGCCCCCUUAUUUCUCAUUCUAUUCACUGGUACGAGACUUGAAAAUAUAUUUAUUGCACCAUGAUGGUGUGGUGGGUAUGGGCAACAAACCCGGAUCUAAGAAGUCCUGCUGAGCAGGGCCAGACUCAUCCUCUGGAGCAGAGGAACUGCCCAGAAGUCCUUUUGGCCAAACCUCCCUCCUCUCCCCUCUCCUUGCUGCUGCUAUCACCAGGCUACCCAGCCUGGGCCCCCUUCUUGGGGGGGGAGGGGAAUCCAAGGAUUUUGGAACCCCUUCUCAUAUUGCCCAAUCAACCUUGUCCAAACUGAGCACAAGACCCUGUCUGCCAUAGAUUUGCUCUAGUGGGACACUAAAUACUGGUGGUGUGAUAGGAGGUAAGCCAAGGAGAGGCUCCUGGCUGCCUUGUCUCACUAUGCCUGGGGACUGCAACCGCCACAUAGAAGAACAUGCUACCCAGCAUUCUUAGAGCCAAGGCUGCUGUGGACCGGCAGCCGCUGGCAUCCGUCUGUCAGCUCGGCCUCUCUGUGUCUGUUUGUACCUGUCCAUUGGGCUGUUUCUUGUAAGGGAGAGGGGCCCUGCUUGUCUGUCUGUUUGUCAGUGUGUCUGUCUCUGGGAAGCUCAUUGUUGCUGACUGGUGUCUCUCCGUGUCUGCCCACUACAUAUAAACUACCCCAUUAUUCAUA